AGGAAGCGACGCGCUUCUUAAAAACUCUGGUUCAGCACCCAUUACCCAAGUCGUUAUUUGCCAUGGCCUACCUCGCCGGCGCUGCCGCCCCUUCUCUGAGAACCUCUCUUCACUUCCUGUAUCAAAAUCCAUGCGCGCUACAUAAACGGCAGCCCGAAAUGGGGGCCAGCCACAGACGCUUCCGUUGUUCGCUAACCCUCGCUGAGGGAUGCGCCUACUUUGUUCGCGGUCGGCCUGGUCGAUUCCGCCCGUCUUCUUCUUUCUCGGUUUGCUUCUCCUCAGCGCUGACGCCAGAGCUUAAGUCAACGCUGGACAAGGUGGUGAGCUCGCAUAAAGUGGUUUUAUUCAUGAAGGGCAGCAAGGAUUUCCCGCAGUGCGGCUUCUCCCGCACGGUGGUGCAGAUCCUUAUGUCGCUGAACGUGCCCUUCGAAACCAUGGACAUCUUGGAGAACGAGAUGCUGCGCCAGGGCCUCAAGGAGUACUCCAGUUGGCCUACCUUUCCCCAGCUCUAUAUUGACGGCGAGUUCUUCGGCGGUUGCGAUAUCACAGUUGAAGCGUACCAGAGCGGAGAACUGCAGGAGCUGUUGGAGAAGGCAACGUGUUCUUGACAAGCACAGCCUUAAAAUAAGAUUGUCAGAUCUAUUUUAGUGGAAAAAUUACGAGUAAUGCCACAGUUAUGUCUCUCUCUCUCUCUUUGUGGUGGGAGAUUUACAUGCAUACCACUUAUUUCUUAUGUAUUUGCAUAUCAACACAACUUCAGUUUUUAUAUAUGUGCAACAUUCUCUC